CGACGACGUAGUCUGGUACUCACCGGGUCCCAAUACCUGCUGUCGCGUGACGCCUCCUCUCCCAAGCCACUUCAUUUUCACUUUAGCAUCGUCAUGAUCCAAGCGAUUGAGACUGCAGCUACCUUCUUGGACUCUAUUGUGCCAUUGACGAUCGCGGACCCCGAGGGACUGCAACUCAUUGGCAUCGUUGCGCGCGUCACUACCGGCAACCACCACUUUGUCUCGGUCGACGCAACCACCGGCGACGUCCGCGCCUGUGCCAUUGUCACCAGCCGCGGGCUCAUCAUGUGCCCGACCAUGGAUGCUGCCGACGCCCAUGCGCUUGGCCUCCUCGUCGCCUCGACCGUACCCGAUUUGAUUCCCGAGGCACGGGGGCCGAAAGCUAGCCUCCCAGCCUUCCUCGACGGCUACACCUCCAAGCACGUGACGGCCAAGGUGACGCCCCACCACCACUUGCUGCUCUACGUGCUCAACCCGGCGGCGCUGCCGACGAACGUCAACGUCAUUGGUGGUCGGACGAUUGCCGGUGCCGCGGCGCUGGCGACAGCGGAGCACAAGUCGUUGCUUCUUGCGUUCAUGACGCGCUUUUACGACGAGGUCGGCGAGCCGUCGACGCCAAGUGCGAUCGAAGCCAGCCUCGACGCGCAGAUGGCACGCCACGGCAUGUACGUCUGGCUCGUCGACGGCGAUGUCGUGGCCUGCGCCGGGCACUCGGCCCCUGUGCCUGCCCCCGAUGGAUCCUUUGCGUUGCAUCGCAUCAUGACGGUGUUCACGCCGGAAGCGCAUCGGGGCAACGGGUAUGCGUCAGCGCUGACGGCGAGCAUUUGCCACGCGCUGUUGGCUCUGCGUGACGGACCGCCAAGCCGCCUCAUGCUCUUUGCGGACGCGACUGUCGCCGCGGCCAACAAGGCGUACCAACGCAUUGGUUUCGUUCAAAAGAGUGAGAUGAUCACCGCGCGUGUCGAAACGACCGAGGCAUAAAACAGAGUUUAUACAGUGUUUCCAC